UAGGGCAGCGAGGGCGCCCGCGCUCUUUCCCUUUCGCAGUCCCAGUGCUGCUGCGAGUGUGCGUGCUCUCGCUUUGCUGCUCCACAACCGAGCUAGAGUUGCAGCGAAGAAGGGGGCUUCGCCACAGUAGCCAUGGGUCGUGUCAUUCGUGCUCAACGUAAGGGAGCUGGCUCUAUCUUCCGGAGCCACACCCACCGUCGCAAAGGCCCCGCCCAGUUCCGCUCCCUCGACUAUGCUGAGCGCAAUGGUUACAUCAAGGGUGUUGUAUCUGAGGUCGUUCACGACUCCGGCCGCGGUGCUCCGUUGUGCAAGGUCACCUUCCGUCACCCUUUCCGCUUCAAAAGGCAGAAGGAGAGGUUUAUUGCUGCUGAGGGCAUGUACUCUGGUCAAUUCGUUUACUGUGGCAAGAAGGCGACCUUGUCUAUUGGAAAUGUGCUGCCUCUGAGGUCUGUGCCCGAGGGAGCCGUGGUGUGCAAUGUGGAGCAUCGUAUGGGUGAUCGGGGCGCGUUCGCGAGAGCGUCUGGUGACUACGCUAUUGUGGUGUCGCACAACGUGGACAGCGGAACUACUCGUAUCAAAUUGCCGUCAGGGGCGAAGAAGGUUGUGCCCAGCGGAUGCAGGGCCAUGGUUGGACAGGUUGCCGGAGGAGGCAGGACCGAGAAGCCAAUGUUGAAGGCUGGCAAUGCUUACCACAAGUACAAGGUGAAGAGAAACAGCUGGCCGAAGGUGAGAGGUGUGGCCAUGAACCCUGUGGAGCAUCCCCACGGAGGAGGUAACCACCAACAUAUUGGUCACGCGAGUACAGUGCGUCGGGACGCUCCUCCCGGGCAGAAGGUUGGUCUUAUUGCUGCCAGGCGCACGGGGCGUCUGCGUGGUCAAGCUGCCACCGCCGCAUCGAAGGUCGACAAGGCUUAAAAGCAUAUCUCUUACGUUUCUAUCAUUUGAGGAAAUCUGUAAUGGUGCUCUCACUCCCGUGUACCAUCUUUUAUUAAUUUGUUCACGAAGAUCAUCCUUCUUUCAGAUCAUCGGAUGCUCCGCUCUAGUUGGUUGAAGUAUCUUUCCUCACUUUUCUUUGUACUUGUGACGUUCAAGCAUGCUCUCCGGAAGGAAGCUGUGGGCUAUUUCGAAUGUAUGUAGCAACGAAUGUUGUUUCUUCAGUUUGGCUUGUUCUGAAGUUGGGUGAUAGGCUUAUGAAAGAUGUUAUUAACUUCAGGUUUUUAUUUUGAUCAUUUCCGUAAAAAAAUUGUUUGAGUAUUUUGGUUUACUUUGCUGAUUCGAUGCAGAGCUUAUUUCCAAUAGCUGUAGACGCUCACGUUGUCGUCCUUUGCAAAUCUUCAA